AUCUAACUGUAUUCCCAACGAUGACUGACAACUGGCUCUGCAAAGGUAAGGACAAGAAAGUCCUUCAUGUAGUUUAUGAACUCCGCUCCCACAAGAGGCACUAAUGGCCAUCAAUUCGGAUGGCUUCAAAAGAGGAUUAGACGUGUACGUGGAGGGCAAGAUUAUGGUUAUAUUCUGCCCCCCACUGUUGGAGGUGGUACACCUCAAAAUGCCCAUUGCUGGGAUUCACAAGUGGGGAAGGGUGUUGUAGCACUGAGGUCCUGUUUGCUGGGGCCCCAGAAGCAUCUUGGCCACCAUGAGAACACAAUGAUGGACCACUGGCUUAAUCCAGUAGGCUCUUACGUUCUUGCCUGCCCUCUUGGAGUUUCCAAUGGCGGCUUUCCAGGACCUACCAGUUGUUGAAGACAGCAGACAUGGGGGUAUCACAUGAAAUUAAGUACCUCCCCUCCCUACGCAAUAUAGUGGGGUGUUUUGACAGUGCAAGAAGAGACGGUUUCUCAAGUUGACUUCCUCCCAAAAGCUUUCCUCCCAUAUUGCAACACCACAAGCCCCCGAGCACGAGCUCUUUAUAUAACACAUGUAAGUUUACAGAGGAUAGAAAAGAAAGCUUAAGGCAGACAACAACAAGAACCUUUCCCCACAAGCCCUAAAUGGCACGUCUUGUGAGGAGCUGGGGUCCAGGAUGCAGUGCAACAUUGAAAUUCGAGCUAAAUAUUAAAUGGACCCACAAGAUGUCGAAUGGCAACUCCCAUCAUCACAGGUCCUGUUGUGUUUCUCAGUAAGGGAAGAUGGGGAUUUUGAGUCGUUUGCAGGUAAGGAGGCCGGUAGUUCUUCUGCUAGUCCACUUUUGGAACUUUUGCUGCAAUCUCGAUCGUGCCCCAUAUGCCCUGGCUCCUGCUCCUCAAGCAGCCCCAGUUGCACCCCUGAUCUGCCAGACACACACACACGCCAUUCCAGGUUCUGCCUGCUGCAUCUGAUUGCUAGGAGAUUAUAUUAAUGCUGAGAUUUUACUUGGGUCAGUUUCUGGUUUCUGCAGAUUUCCCCCAACCGCUGCCUUCCAGGGUGGAAUUGAGAGAUGUCCAUAACAGUAUAUAGAUAUUAUUAUUAUUAGUAGUAGUAGUAGUAUUCUGCCCAGCCACUCUGGGCGACUUCCAAUAAAUUAAGACAUCAAACAUUUAAAACUUCCAUAUACAGGGCUGCCUUCAGGAGUCUUGUGUAGUCAGAUAGUUGUUUGUUUCCUUGACAUCUGAUGGGAGGGCAUUCCACAGGGCAAGCAUGACUACCAAAAAGGCCCUCUGCCUGGUUCCCUGAAGCUUCACUUCUUGCAGUGAGGGAACCGCCAGAAGGCCCUCGGACCUGGACCUCAGUGUCCGGGCUGAACGAUGAGGGUGGAAACGCUCCUUCAGGUAUACUGGGCUGAGGCCGUUUAGGGCUUUAAAGGUCAGCACCAACCCUUGGAAUUGUGCUCGGAAAUGAGCCAAUGUAGGUCUUUCAGGACCGGUGUUAUAUGGUCCCAGGGGCCGCUUCCAGUCACCCAUCUGGCAGCCACAUUCAGGAUUAGUUGUAGUUUCUGAGUCACCUUCAAAGGUAGCCCCACGUAGAGUGCGUUGCAGUAGUCCAAGCGGAUUAAGGGUUUCAAUGAGUUGUCACCAGUGUGUUUGCAAAAAUUAAAAGGGGGGCGGGAGUACAUAGUGGAGCUUCUAAAACUGGCCAUAUUUCAUGUUGUGAAAUACAGCAGAAAGGUUCUGCUUUCAACCGUGCAAUUCCAUCUGUGCUGCAGGGGGUGUGGGGAACAAUGUAAGAAGAUUGACCUUUGAUGUUACUGUAGGGAAACCUUUUUUUUUUGGCCGGGUUAGCUGUGGCUUGAGAUCCACACCUCUAAUCUGCAACAUUAACAGUGGAUUACACUGUAGUACUAUCAUAAGCCACUGUCUCUCAACCAAAGGGUUGGCAGGUGGUGGUGGGGGGUGGGGGGGUGAGAUACUACCUCAGGUUAAGAAUGGCUUACAACAGCCCUGUAAUGUUGUUUUCUGUUAAUGCUGCAGAUGGAUUGUAUGCAGAAUUUACACUGGCUGGACUUUUUUCUUAAAUGAAGUUUGAAAACGGUUUUUAAAAAUGCCCACAAAAUAGGACUGAAGUUAAAGAAAGCACCUCCUACUCUCGCUACUGCUACAUUUUGUUGUAGUGUGGACAUCCUGGUAAUUGACUGCAGCUGGAAUUCUCUGUUGAUUUCUCUGGGUAGCUCUCCCUGCCAUCCCUGUGGAGAUUUUAAAAAGGCUUAUAAAUGAAAACAUGGGAAUUAUCUACCCAGACAUUGAGAUGUGCUAUGGUGCUCCAGAGACCUGGUACCCCCAGCCAGCAGGCUAAGCACAUUGGGGAGCUGGGCCAAUGGAAGGAUAGCUCAUUUAUUGCUCAUUCCCUAAUUAUACAAUCAUAAAACACAGCAUGCAAAGAGUCAUUAAAAGGGGGGAAUCGCCCACAAAAUGCACUCUCAAAAUGGGCAUGAAAGCUGCUCUGAGCUGUUCAGAAAUGACAUUGACUCAGAACCCCUUUACAGCAUUUCCCCUUUUAAAAUUAUUUGCAAAGUAAACUGCAAUCUCUUCGUCCUCUAACUGCACCCACUUAAAGUUGCAUAAAACACCAAGCUUCACAAAGGCACAGAACUGCUUGCAAUAAUAGCCAGAUCUGUAGGGGUAAAGAGCCUAAACUAAGCAAAAAGGAAAUUCAGAUAGAACUCUCUCAUCCAUGCCUACUUUCUAAUUUUAACAUUAUCCCAUGGACUUCACUGUUUAGUCAUUUUAGGGCUAAACCCUCAGGUGAAAGAGAAGGGUGCUAAUUCCUAACAUAAUUAAAAAAUGCAGUACAGUCUGGGACUGGGGCAGUUUACUGAUGCACUUUCUGCCCUUCUCAAAAUAAAAAUAAGCUAUAUCCAACUCAGCUAAACUGAGACUCCUGCAGGAGUAGGGGAUCCACGAGAUGGAUUGCUCCACCAUAGUACAUUGCAAUAAAAUAAAAUACAAAUCCCCUCCGCGCAGAACUUUAGCAGGGGUCAGGGAGAAGGCGACUGCUAGCCCAGAAUACCAUCGAUAACUCUUGUUAAGGGUGCAGGUUGAUGUGAAAAACCUCUACAUGCUAACGGGAACACGCUGCUGAUGUAGCCCGACUAUAGGAAUCUCAGUGAAGCAGCGUCUUCACGCGCCCUCUAGAGGUCCUGCAGUUGUGCGCCCACCUAUUGACUUUAAAUGGCGACUUCAGAAGUUCUUUGUUAGAAGCAAGGAAAAUAACAGGAAAAGGGAGCAAAAAAUUAGUUUGCCCCCAAAACCUGCCAGGAAUAUAUUUAAAGAUCUGCGGAGCAGCUGAACCCCAGGGAUGGUAAUGGCCUUCCAAUGCUCGCUUGAAAAUUGAAUUAGGGAAUUGCCUAAUAAUUGUCCAAAAGGUGUUUCAUUAAUCUGGAUUCUUGCGCGAGGACCCAGAGCUCUUCCCUACAAGUAAUACUUUUGAAACGGCGGCUUAUUCAGUCAGUCGUGUGUAAAACUUGCCAAUGCAGCUGGUUAUAACGCCUGUGCAUGAUAGAACAUGAACUACACCACUGGUAACAAUGUGCUGCAAACAGCAUGCACGAUUAAAGAGACUCUUAGGAAGACCUAGUAAGGCCCAAUCUUUUUAUGAUCCUAAUGACCUUUAUGAUCCUAAAGCCUAAUUUACACGUGUUUCACGGCAGUAACGCUGCCGUUGUGCAUAUGCCAUACAGACAACAACAAGAUGGGAAAGCAGGGUAGCAAUCGGCACGCUCUCAGAGGCACUCUUUCUUCGUUACCACUUCCGGGGCUGAGCCCCGGCGUGGAAAACCAGAAGUUCCGGCGAGCCUGAGCCGGUGUUCAGCCUGCAAAAAUGAAAUUAAAAAAUACAUUUUUUUAAAAAGCCACACCUUCCCUUCCCUGCCUCGUCACGUGCGCAACAAAGCGCAUUCGAACUGCCGGGGUCAUGUGCGCGUUUUGCAAAUUGACUUAAGCAACAGAUCAUAUGACUGCCUCCCAAUCGGGGGGGGGGGCAAGGCCCGCGAUAGCAAAGCAGCCAACCAAAAAGGGGGAAAGGAAGGAAAAGCGGCCAAACAGAUUGCAGGGACAGCGGCUCGGCCAAUUCCAUGGAGAGCCGGAGGCGUGGCCUUGCACCCGGGGUUUUGCUUUUGGGGCUGGAAGGAACCGGCUAGCGAAGGUCCUGCCGCGCCAGUCUUAUUGCGGGGCGAAGCUGGUGCAAAGGGUGAGUUGAUUUGGAAAGCCCCCGGUGCCUUGGGGGAUCCUGCUGCAACAGCAGAGGGGUCCCCACCCCAGGGUUAUUACCAGCUGCGCAUGCAAGAGGUUGGGGAGUGAGUAUACAGGAAGGGAGAGCUGGCUGUUUCAGCAUUGCUUCCUGAGAGCAGUCAGGCUGACCCCUGUUGAAGACGGAAUACUAGGCUCAGUGCAAACUCCUUUGCGUUUUUAACAUCGUUGUCCUCUCUCUCUUUUCCCCUUUCCUUUCACCUCCCCACAGAUUAAUAGGAAACUGACCAUUUCUCUCUGUCGUGCGCCUUCUUCCUCGCGUUGCAAUAUAUAUUGCAGAGAAGCUCACCAGGUGCCCUCAUUACAUAUAUUUAGGCUCCAGGAAGAAACAUUCCUCUUCUCCCAGGCCUCUGGCUAAUUAGAGAGUCUAUGGGCUUUUAAACUGGGUGGAAUUAGGCUUGGUUUGUUACUAAGUUACCAAAUGUAUUUUUGUGUUUUUCUAUUGUAAACCGCCCUGUGAUCCUCGGGUGACGAGCAGUAUAGAAAAUGUAAUAAUAAUAAAAAAUACAGUCAGGAUUUGACCCUGGGAUCUCGCUUCAGUGCCAAGUGCUGUCGAUAAUUAAGUCCUGCACUGUCAGCUCUGACAACGGCUUUAAAAGCCAGGGGUCAGCCCCAGAGGAUGGUUUUUUUCCUGCUAAAUAAAUAACAGCAGCAAUCAUUCUGAGCUGUGUCAGGUGGGGCUGGUUGCUAGGCCUGGUUCUUACACUCAUAGUGGUUAAAAACAGCUGCACUGUGCUCUGUAGAGCUGGGCUAGAGUGGUCUUUUCUGUGCAGCUGUUGAAAACCCCCCGCACAUUAUUCCUGCAUUACAGAGGGUUGGACUAGAUGACCCUCGGGGAUCCCGUCCAACUCUACAAUUCUGUGAUUCUAUAUAAGUUGACCUCAAAACCUACGCCCUGAAGGUUGCUGUCCUGUCUCUGUUUAUGGCUUCUUGUGGUUAUUGUACAAGAGACUGUGUUGCACUUCCUUUUCGCAGCUCGGUUUUUACUUCCUCACAAACUGAACCCAAAAAUCAGUGUGUGUGCUCUCUUCUGGUUGAAGUCAACGUGUGUUGCCUGCUUACUGAGUUUGGAUCAUUGUGAGUUCUGUGUUCCGCCUCUUGUUCUGUAGGUGUGCCUGUGCUGAGAUCUCAAGCAGACAGGGCAAGGCCAGAGCGUUGCAGUCUGGCAUCGGUCUUCAGUUUUGCAUGCAGAAGGUUCCAGGUUGAAUCCCCAGCUCUGGCAGGGAGACGUCUAUUGUGAACCCCUGGAAAGCUGCUGUCGCUUGGUGUAGGCAGCAUUUGGCUAAAUGAGGAGCUUCCUGUGUGCUUCUAAGGGGAAACCUGUUUGUUUUCUCACAUGGAGUCUGUUUUUGCAGAGAGAGAGUAAUGGUUGCUGGAUGGAUAGUGGUCUCACACUCAUCGCAGGCAAACUCACAAUGCCCUGGGAUUUUUGUGGAAAAGGUGACUGUGCCAUUGCAGCGGAAUAUGCACAAACAGUUACUACACCCCCUAACGUUUCUGUAGUACUGGCUUGGCUGUGCAUGCUUGGGUUCCUCCAGGGCGGCUUUCCCCAACCCGGUGCCCUUCAGAUGUUGAGAAGCUAAGCUGUAUUUCAAAAUAUUUGGAGUCCUGCCAGAGAGAGAGAGAGAGGGGCUGUUCAUGUAUGGUACCGGGUAAAGCACGGUGUUUGCUACCUGGUGCUGAUCCUGACACUUUUAAACCAGUGUUAGAGACUUUGAACCAGUGUUAGAAACUUAAGCCAGUGUUAGAAACUCCUUAAACCGACUCCGGGGUUGCGGCGCUCAUCUCGCUGUAUUGGCCAAGGGAGCUGGCGUACAGCUUCCGGGUCAUGUGGCCAGCAUGACUAAGCUGUUUCUGGCGAACCAGAGCAGCGCAUGGAAAUGCCGUUUACCUUUCCGCAGGAGCGGUACCUAUUUAUCUGCUUGCACUUUGACGUGCUUUCGAACUGCUAGGUUGGCAGGAGCAGGGACCGAGCAAUGGGAGCUCACCCCAUUGCGGGGAUUCGAACUGCCAACCUUCUGAUCGGCAAGUCCUAGGCCCUGUGGUUUAACCCACAGCGCCACCCGCAUCCCCCAUUUUGCGGUAGGGUAGCUCUAAAGUCUAUUUUUUCAAACAAUGGACUGACUGUGAUUGAUUCUCAAUUAAACACCUGGCUUGUUCAGAUAACAACCAUGAGCUAGGUUAAGAGCUUUGAAAACUUAAAAGAAGAAAAGUCCACAUUUAGUGCGACCUUUUUUUUUCUUAAAGGCGACUGCUCCUGCUCAGGCAGGUUCCAGAAAUUCAUUCCCCUUGUGCAGGUAAAAUAUAACUGAUAGAAUUCUACAGGAUGUGUUGCGAAAACAGUCCAGAUCCAAUGAUCCCCAGGCAGGCACCUCCAGAUGAUGGAGACGUUAGACGUCUUCCUGGAGCCCAGGCAUCUUCACUUGGUCGCAAGUGGUCGAAAGCCAGGCGCAAAAUGCGCUUGGCUUAUGCUUAACACUGUUUAAACUUCCUUUGUCUUGGGGCCAGCGGACUUUAAAGACCAUUUCCUUCUGCAUGGAUAUGCCCAGUUGUUGAGAUCUUCCCCAGAGGCCCACCUUAUCUGUACUUGGUCUCCCUGCUGGCGGAGGCAAGGUAGGGGAGGGUCUGCGAUUGCUCUUUUUUCAGUCCUUUUGCUCACCUUCGCAGGGAUAAAACUUGGACUUUGUUAUCUCUUUGGCUCCAGGUAGAGACCUUUUUGUUUGCCCAGGAUUUCUUUGGAUGUGUUCACUUAAGUCCUGGCUGGCUCUAGAGUUAACUUUUUUCUUUUUACUGUUCUGUUGUUUUAUAAAUCUUGGGGGAGAUCAGUAGUUGUCAUACUUAGGCCUGUUAGCCAGGAAUGCUCUGGGGCUGAAGAACGAGGCAAAAAUAAAUGAUCUGCAGCCAAUCCGAACUUCUUGACUUGGUGUACCUGCAUGAUACAUGUUUCUUAAGUGUAAUGUUCCGAUACUUAGGAGUGAUUGUAACAAGGCAUAUGAUCUGGUUAUGCCAGCGGCACUUUGGAUCCAUAUAUUAUCAUUUAUUUAAUUUCUUAGUCACUUUAUCUUGCCCAGGGCAACUCAGAGUGACUUAAAACCAAAUAGAUGUGGGGUUUUUUUGGGGGGGGGGGGGAGAUUCCAAAUAGAUUCAUUAAAACCAAGGGGGAAAAUAAAUACAUUAAUACAUUAUAAUAAAUACAUUAAAAGCAUCCCACCCACUGUUUUUGCCUGGCGCCUAAAAAUAUCUAAUGAUGAAGCCAGGCGAGCUUUCACAAAUGUGGAGACACUUUCUGGACCUCUUGUGGAGGAGGCACACAAAUAAGGGCCUCAGGUGAUGAUCUCAAGGUCUGUGUUGGUUCAUAUGGGGAGAGGCCAACCUUGAGCUAUUGUGGUCCUGGCACUAUCUUAAAGGAGCUACAUAGCUGGGAGUGCCUGAACUUUUCCUGGCUUGGCAAGAUAACGGCAGUAAAAAUGUCUGUCUAAGUUUCUCUUUCAUUUUCCAAGUCUUUCCUGUAAGAGCCCCAGAAACGCAAUGUGCUAAGUGGCAAAGAAAUCGUUUUGCUAUGAAAGGGAAAUGGUGUCGCUUGGCUACUGACAUUCUGUACAUCGUUAAGACCCAAGGGGGUCUUGGUAUGCCUAAUUUAAGGGUACACUGCCAUGCCUUUUAAUUGAAACAAUUAUUACUUAUGAAUAUGUCCCCUGGCUUCAACUGUGAGUAGGGAUUGCAGUGCCUUCACUUUGAGCACUGCUGCUUUUACACCUCUCAUGGGGUAUAAUUAAAAAAAAUAAAUGGAGAAUCCAUUUUUUAGAACAACCUUGGUGAUCUGAAGGUGUUGGCAUAAUAAAUUGGCCCACAAGAGAAUCUCCCACUUUGCCAUUUCUUGAUCACCCUCUUUUUAGACACGGAGACAAGUUUACUCAACAAGAGGGGUGAGUACCUAGAGAACAAGGGAUUUGGUGGAAAAACCAACACAUAAAACAAACAGAUAUUUGAUCCAUCCAUGUACAUUGCUUCGACAUGUCUUGCGAGAUCACAUUGCCUGCACAUAACUACUGCAGUUUGUGUAGAUCCAUACUCUAGUUGGAUCAUCUUUCUGUUGUGAUUUCUGAGAAGUAAUUAAGUUUGGUUCCGCAAGGGAUUGGCUUUUUGCUUGUGUUGCAAGGGGGGGGGGCAGCAGACAGGAGAAAGAGGCACAUCAGGUUCGGAAAGGAGGGCUGUUUCUCUACUGUUUCCUAGUAAUAUUUAGGAGCGCCAGCUCUCUGUGCUGUGCAAGAGAAGCCUAGGGCUAUAUAGCAGGAGGGAGUGUGUCUUUUCACAGUUGUGCAGGUCAACAAGCCACCUGUAAGCCUGAAUUUCCUCCCAUUUUUCAACUGCACCCCACCAGCACUGCCACAGGUUUCCAUGACUCCUUCUUUUUCAGGGUCUGAUUCUGUGAGUGUGUGAUGGCCAAAAAAAAAAGUACGAGUCAGAUCAACAGGACAUCUUUUUGAAAAAGCUGUGACCUGCACGCUCCUGCUCAUAUUUAUUUGCACAUAAAAGUUAAGGGACCCCUGGAUGGUUGUUGUUGUUGUUUAGUCGUUUAGUCGUGUCCGCCUCUUCGUGACCCCAUGGACCAGAGCACGCCAGGCACUCCUGUCUUCCACUGCCUCCCGCAGUUUGGUCAAACUCAUGCUGGUAGCUUCCAGAACACUGUCCAACCAUCUCGUCCUCUGUCGUCCCUUCUCCUUGUGCCCUCCAUCUUUCCCAACAUCAGGGUCUUUUCCAGGGAGUCUUCUCUUCUCAUGAGGUGGCCAAAGUAUUGGAGCCUCAGCUUCAUGAUCUGUCCUUCCAGUGAGCACUCAGGGCUGAUUUCCUUCAGAAUGGAGAGGUUUGAUCUUCUUGCAGUCCAUGGGACUCUCAAGAGUCUCCUCCAGCACCAUAAUUCAAAAGCAUCAAUUCUUCGGCGAUCAGCCUUCUUGAUGGUCCAGCUCUCACUUCCAUACAUCACUACCUGGACGGUCAAGUCCAGUCAAAGGUGACUCUGGGGUUGCAGCGCUCAUCUUGCUUUCAGGCCGAGAGAGCCAGCGUUUUGUCCACAGACAGCUUUCUGGGUCAUGCGGCCAAGCAAGACUAAACUGCAACGGGACGCUGUGACGGAAACCAGAGCGCACGGAAACACCAUUUACCUUCCCACCACAGCGGUACCUAUUUAUCUACUUGCACUGGCGUGCUUUUGAACUGCUAGGCUGGCAGGAGCUGGGAAAGAGCAACAAGAGCUCACCCCAUCACGGGGAUUCGAACUGCUGACCUUCCGAUCAGCAAGCCCAAGAGGCUCAGUGGUUUAGACCACAGUGCCACCACUGCCCCAUCCCUGGGCACCAUGUUAUCCAAGCAAUCUGCCUCUUCCCAGUGUCUGUUUGCAAGUGCAGCAUCCCAACAGCUUUCAUUUGUCGUUAUAACGUGGGUGGAAUAGAUUGGGGAAGGAGGGCCUGUGCCACAGUUGCAAGUUUCUUGCAGAUGGACAAAAAGAUUUUUGCACAGGCAUUCACAGAGGAUGGUUUUCACAUGAUGUGGAUAUUUGAUUUCGAUUACCCUGUUUCAGGGUGCCACAUGAUGAACAUGCAUUUAAAACCAUUCAUCAGCACCUGCAGAUGAAUUGGGGAACUAGUAAUUGCAAAGAAGGAACUAGGUUCAGCCUCGUCAAAGGCAGCUGGUUCUGAAGGCAUGUGUUGUUCUCUUUCUCUCAUCCUUUCUGUUCCUCUAUAGCUGGGACGGGGGAAAAACCCUAGACCUCCAGCCAUUGUGGAACUUGGCUGACGGGAGUUACGACUCCUAUCCUUACAUCAUGACUCCUUUAUGGAGCAACUGCUGAAGAAACCAGGCUUCUCUUGCAAACCCAAUCAGAUUUCUGAAGCCAAGCGAUUGGGGUGUCCCAGCGUGAUGAGUAUGAAGCUUGGCUGGUCUGGAUUGGCUACUCCAGAUUGAAGUGCGUAUUUCUCCCAAGCCGCUGUUGCUCAAACCUUCGGUCUUGCAUUGUGCACACUGUAGAUACCAGCUGUCCUCAGGUUUUGCAAAGUACCGUAUUUUUCGCCUUAUAGGGCGCACCGGCCCAUAGGGCACACCUAGUUUUUUUUGGGGGGGGGAAUAAAGAAAAAAAAUUAUUCCCCCCCCAGGGUUUCGGGCUGCAGGCUGCGGGCUCCCAAGGCUUGCAGACAUCUGCCCGAAGCCUGGGGUGCGCUGCCUCGGGUUCUGCGGCUCCCGCUCCCUGCGCGGCUUCUUCAGCGGGGAGCUCCCGGACGGCGCACCCUUGCCUUGUUGCGCAGCGCUUCCUGGGGCAGCAGGGUGGAGAGGGAGCCUCGGCCGGCUGCUUGCCAGUAUCCCCUGUUGAAGAAGAGCAGCUGCAGCAGCGCUGCAGCAGCCAAUUAGCUUCCCAAUCCGCGGCGAGAUUCCACAGCGACAGAGGGGCGGCGCUGCGAGCCGCUCGCUGCUCAAAGCGAAUGCAAGCGGGAGCAAAACACACUGUCCACGCAAAACACACUGCACAUCUCCGUCGAAGGAGCAGUUGCUCAGCGCGCCCCUGGCUUCGGGAUGCAGGCUGCUAUCCGCAAGCCUUGGGAGCCCGGCGGGAACUCCCGCCGGGCUUGCAAGGCUUGUGGAGAGCUUCCUGAAGCCUGGAAAGCGAGAGGGGUCGGUGCGCACCGACCCCUCUCACUCUCCAGGCUUCAGCGAAAGCCUGCAUUCGCCCCAUAGAACGCACACACAUUUCCCCUUCAUUUUUGGAGGGGAAAAAGUACGUCCUAUAGGGCGAAAAAUACGGUACCUUAAUUGCCCCUUUGGCUAAUUGACUCCUCCUGCUAGCAAGCUGAUCUGAAAAAUCUUUAGAUCUGUAAAUCGCAGACUUAACACCUAAUUCUACAGUUCCUAAACUACUGGUUCUGGAGAUAGGAAUGGUCUUCCUGCUUAAUUGCGGUCAACUCCUUUUUGAGGGUAAACGAACCUCUGAGUAGGCAUCAGGUGAGUUGGAGGAUAGAGGUAGGAAUUGUGAUUUUGUAUUCCUGGGGGCUAAGUUCAUUUUAUAGGCUGGAAAGGGUAGACGUUGAGUUUGGAAGUGGAGUGCAGAGCGGGCUUAAGUUCAGGUGAAACCCAUGUCAAUUCAGACGCUGUGCUUUCUAACUCAAAAGUUAGCGCCUUGAUCUCUCUCUAGCGCAUGCAUUUUAUGGAAUCUGCUUGUUCUGCCUCCUUUGCUUCCUCCCUGAAAGUUUCGUUUCAUGAAAGUUUCAUUUCAACUCUCUCUCUCUGUAUGUGUGUGUGUGUGUGUGUGAGAGUCAGUCAGUCAGUCAGUCUCAGAAGCUGCAGACUGAAAGUUUCCAUUUCGGUUGCAGGGACACAUAAAUUUCAGUUCCUGAUUGUGGCUGCCAAUUUGGCUCUAUUUUGGACUUCUGUGGCCAUAAAGAGUUAAGAAACAAAGGCAGCAGCAGACCCACCUGCUCACCCACCCUCAAACCCCCUAACCUGGCCAGCGACCUCUUUACAAGAGGCACUUGCUUCAGGCAGGCAGAGCCUUUCUAAAACUCAGUAUGGCAAGCUAUUGCAUAUUAUGUCAUAGAAUUCUGAAGUUUGGAAGGGACCCCAAGGUUCAUCUAGUCUAACCCCCUGCAGUCAUGCUACCUUUCAGCCAAGGAUCCCCUCAAAGUUGGACUGCAAAUACAGAAUUCAAAAAAUGCCGUAAUAUACAAAGUUUUUUAUUUUGUUUUUAAAUUAAAACAGCAACAUAGCAAUGCUUUUUUCUGAAGAGGGACUGGGGACGGGAUUCAUAUUUUCUGAUGCUAGGCCUGGUGGUAGUUGUGGCUACUGGUCUAGCCCAAUGUAUUUUGCUGCCUGAGGUGAAGGGUAAGCAGACAUCCCCAUGCCCUGCGCCAUUCCAGUGUGGCGUAGUGGUCAGACUGUUGGACUCAGGCCUGGGAGACCAGGGUUCAAAUCCGCACUCGGCCAUGAAGCUCAUCGGGUGACCUUGGGCCAGUCCCUCUUUCUUAGCCAACCUACCUCUCAGGGUUGUUGUGACGGUAAAGUGGGGAGACCAAGUAGGCCACCUUGAGCUCCUUGGUGGGAUAAGGUAAAGGGACCCCUGACCGUUAGGUCCAGUCGUGGCUGACUCGGGGGUUGCGGCGCUCAUCUGGCUUUAUUGGCUGAGGGAGCCGGCGUACAGCUUGCGGGUCAUGUGGCCAGCAUGACUAAGCUGCUUCUGGUGAACCAGAGCAGCGCACGGAAACGCCGUUUACCUUCCCGUCAGAGCGGUACCUAUUUAUCUACUUGCACUUUGACGUGCUUUCGAACUGCUAGGUUGGCAGGAGCAGGGACCGAGCAAUGGGAGCUCACCCUGUCACGGGGAUUCGAACCGCCGACCUUCUGAUCGGCAAGUCCUAGGCUCUGUGGUUUAACCCACAGCGCCACCCGCGUCCCUUCCUUGGUGGGAUAUAAAUGUAAUAAAUUUAAUCUGUGUGCAGUAGGUAGCUGGACUGGUAGUUACCUCAACACUGGACUGGAGCAAAAUCCUGCUUCUCACCUGAGGGCACUUGGCUAGCACAGGGAGGUACAGCGUUGGCCAUGGGUACACACAGCUCUGUACUCCUAACCAGGGUGGAUCUGAUUUAAAUCAAAUAGAUUUGAAUCACAAUUUAAUGCACUAGUCGGUAAGCCUUGAUUUAAAUCAUCUUUUUACAGAAGGAGUCAUUCUUGCUGGUAUAAUCUUAAUAUUUACAACCAGUUAAAGGUUUCAUUUAUGAAUAAUAAAUUUUCAAAGUAGUUUUUACAGUUAUAUCAAAAGUUGCUCAUUUAGUUAUACUAUUAGAAAUACAUAGAUAAUUAUGAAAUUAUUGUGAGGUUUAAUAAGUUAAGUGUUUAUAUUUGGACAACUUUUCUGCUGUACUUUAUUGGAAGGAGAAAAAUAAUAAUUUCCUUAAUAACAAUUUAUUUAACUAAAACAAUAACAUUAUAGCAUAUGUGUCCAUGUUUGUUAACUGAUGUGGUUAAACAAUUUUUUAAAAAUUAGACUGAGUUUUAGCACAUAAAAACUUAAAACAAAUCCUUAUUUCCUGAUGAAUAGCCUUUGGACUAUAAUGUAACUUAAAUAGAAAACUAUCUUUAGAAAGGUUUUUCCUCCAAAAGCAUUUUAUUUUUAAAAAAUCAUUGAUUUUUUUAUCCACCCUGCACCCUGCCCCUCAGCAUCUGCUGUCUGAGGUCAUCACCUCAUUCUGCCUAAUGGUAGGGUUGGUCUUGCUUGCUUUGAAGACUUCUUGGGCAGCGGUGGGAGCUCAGUGACAACCGCCCAGGCCUUUCCUUCCAGCCUGCAGCCGGCAACUCUAUGGCCCAAUGCAGCGUUGACUAGAACUUCCCUUUACCGGCUCUGUUCACACCCAGAGCUUGCUCACAUGAUGUUGUACAAAAUGCCUGAGUCACACGAGGGUCAGUUAAGUCAGCUGAUGACCCAGCUGAGUCAUGUGAUACUCCAGUAGGUCAGAGUUCUGGGUCAUGAUUUUGAUGCACAUGUUCUCAUUUAUGCUUGGGUUUGCUUCUUGGCAUUUUUAAAUUAUUAUUAUUGUUAAUUAAAUUUGUCAGUGACCUUAUCUUGCCCAGGCAACCCAGAUAUCAUGGACUUCCCCCAGGGGAAGAAGGCUCAGAGUGGUGGAAUGACCAUGAGUGGUAAGAAGGAGAAGACUGGGAGGAGGUGGUGUUGGAAGCUGAAGAGACAACAGGGUUUAGGACACGGGGGGAGUCUGUGGCAGAGAGAGGUCCAGACUUGGAGCAGAAGCUGAAGCAAUGGAGGGCAAGAGGCAGAGAUAAGUCAGGCUGGUGAGAAAGCUGGGCUGUUGUUGUUGUCAUCCCCCUUCCUGCUGGGACCACCUCCCCUCCUCCCUGGUCUCCCAGGACCAGAAGAGGUAUGAAGAGGGAGAAGCAAGGACAUGCAAGAUGAAGGAGCCUCCGAUUGCUUGGAUCCAGGGGAGGUGGAGACUUAGGCAACAGUGGGAAGGCAGAGGGACUUUCAGACUCCCCACAACUGCCUCACAGGGGCAAGAUAUACCAGGAUGAGUCACUGUGCCCACUAGGCCUGGCCUCCUGAGUCCACCUUGUUUCCUUGAAUAAAGAGUUAACGUCACUGAUGCCGUGUGAUUUAUUGCCGACCUGCUUUCUCACCAAAACAACCUACAACCAAACAGACAGUAAUCCCCCAUAGAUACAUUAAAACCAAGAGGAAAGAGGAAUACAUUAGAAACAUCCCACCCACUUCUAAACAGCCACAGAUAGUUAAAGGCCAAAGGCCUGGUUAUAUUUCGCAGUGGGUUGUUGUUUAGUCGUUUAGUCGUGUCCGACUCUUCGUGACCACCUGGACCAGAGCACGCCAGGCAUUCCUGUCUUCCACUGCCCCCCGCAGUUUGGUCAAACUCAUGCUGGUAGCUUCCAGAACACUAUCCAACCAUCUCGUCCUCUGUCGUCCCCUUCUCCUUGUGCCCUCCAUCUUUCCCAACAUCAGGGUCUUUUCCAGGGAGUCUUCUCUUCUUGUGAGGUGGCCAAAGUAUUGGAGCCUCAGCUUCAUGAUCUGUCCUUCCAGUGAGCACUCAGGGCUGAUUUCCUUCAGAAUGGAUAGGUUUGAUCUUCUUGCAGUCCAUGGGCUUCUCAAGAGUCUCCUCCAGCACCAUAAUUCAAAAGCAUCAAUUCUUUGGCUAUCAGCCUUCUUUAUGGUCCAGCUCUCACUUCCAUACGUCACUACUGGGAAAACCAUAGCUUUAACUAUACGGACAUUUGUUGGUAAGGUGAUGUUUCUGCUUUUUAAGAUGCUGUCUAGGUUUGUCAUUGCUUUUCUCCCAAGAAGCAGGCAUCUUUUAAUUUCAUGACUGCUGGAAGACAUUGACUUGCCGGUAAUUAAUCAACACCUGUCCUUUUCUCCAUCUUUCUCUUUUCAGGUUCUUGGCGAAGAUGCGGUGGGUACAGCUGUUUGUAUGCCUGGUGCUCGGAGGGUCAGCUUAUUCUCUGCAGUGCCCCGAUGGCCAUAGCUGUAAGGGAUCCUCCGUUUGUUGCAAGCUCUCUGGAGAAGAUGGAUAUUCCUGCUGUGACCAGCCUCAGGUGAGAACCAGAUUUGCACCUUCCACAAGUAGGUGAAAAGCCAAGUCUUUGUCCCUCUCCCAACUUCGUAAAGGCAGAGUUGUUUUCCCCCCCUUCUAUGAAAUGCACCCUUUUUAAACAAUGGUUUAUUUAAAGUACUUCUGGACAUCAAAAAGAUUCCAGAAUGGUGCACAAAUGUUUGUAUAAUGCAUAAAUACAAUUAAAACACAGGAAGGAAGCAUAAAAUAGCCGCAACAGGAAAAACAAAUACUCCCAAAGCUUAUAUUUUUAAUAGAAAUAAAAUCCUCACCCCACAUAUGAGCAGGAAUGAGCUUGCUAAGCUCUACCCUCCCGUUUCACUAUUUCCCUCUCCCUCUCCAUGAGUUGAAGACAGGGUUCGAAAUUAGCAGGGCGCCAGGCUCAUUUUGCACCUAAAGAUUCUUCAUUUGCAAACACCUCAAAAAGUCUGGGUGCCCUUUUUUGCGCCUGGCUGGCACUCAAGGAUUACUGAAAUGUAUCUGUUUUGAAGCCUUGAAGUAAAUGUUAAGGAUAGACAGUAUGUUGAGGAGUUUAACAGUAAAGAGUAGAGUGUUUUGAAAACUGAACUAUGUUACCAAUAUUGUAAACACCAGAUUAAACAUGUAUUAACAAUUUCUGAUAAAAAAGUGCUAUUAACAAUGUCUCUCUUAUGUGAACUAUUAGUUCAAGCUUAUCAGAAUAAUAAAUAAUAAUCCUGGUCUGAGACCGUAAUAAAGUUCAUUCAUGCCAAUAAAAAGUGUUGCCGACAGCCCCCCUCCCCCAAGUAGACAUUCUGUUUUGGCGCCUAUAACCUGGGCCCCAGGAGCCGUUUGGCUCCUAGCUUUUCUGUAUCAGUUUCUAACACUGGCUGGAGCUCAAAGUCCACAAGUAAAAUGGCUCCCUGCCACUUACUUGGCAGUGGAACUGAGAGCUUGCUGUUCCGGCUCACCCCACCUGUCUGUGGCACAUGCGCACCAAUAGCACACCUGAAUAGGAUCAGAAUAGAACAGUGUUCCACCAGUCCACACAACCCUGAACCUCUAUGUACACCUGUGCAUAUAUAUAUCCAUAGUUAACUCCCUCCCCCUGGCCCCCAUGAGGUAGUAAUGACCACCACCAGCCUGGGUGGAUUUACAAGAAGAUUAGACAAAUUCAUGGAGGGUAGGGCUGUUGGCAGUGUUAGAAACUCAGAUAUAAUCUAGGCACCAAAUGGCUCCUUAAACCAAGGCCGCAGACGCCAAAACGGAAUGUCCAGUUGCCACUUUGGGGCUCUAAAGUCUCAUUUUUUCAAACAAUGAACUGAUUGAUUCUCAGUUAAACAUCUGGCUAGUUCAGAUGACAACCUUGAGCUUAGGUUAAGAACUUUGAGAACUUAAAGAAGAAAAGUCACUUGAUCCCAGGGGACAGUUCUCAUGUAUAUUGGCCUCUUCCAACUAGACGUUCCGAUUUGGUGACCGCAACCUUCGUUUAAGGAGCCAUUUGGCGCCAAGCUCAUAUAUCGGUUUCUAACAUGGAGUAGAACCCUAGAAUCAUGGGAUCGUAGAGUUGGAAGGGACCUCAAUAGUUAUCUGGUCCAGCCCCCUGCAAUGCAGGAAUCUUUUGCCCCACGUGGGGCUCAAACCCACAACCCUGAGAUUAAGAGUCUCACAUCCUACUGACUGAGCUACGUGACACCUCUCCGCCCCCCCAGCUCUGUAUCAGCUGUUUCUUCCAGGGAGGUCUUGGGUCUGUGUGAGUAUCUGCACGGGGCCAGUUCUGCUCCCCACUUUCCCACUUCUUCUUUCUGUUUUCAGUUCACAGCUGCCUCCCUGCGCAUGUUCCCUCCGCAAGACAACUCUCUCCACCAGGUGGCGGAGCCCUCUGGUGUCACGUGCUUAGACGGCCGUGUGUGCCCGGCAGAAUACUCCUGCCUGCGUACUCCGGACGAUGACUUGGCCUGCUGCCCCUGGAAAGAGGUGAGACACAGAAGAGAACAGGGGAGGGUGUUCCUGCAAGGUGCAGGUAUUCCUCCAGGACUGUUUUGGGAUAGCCGAAAGGGACAGUUUCAGCCUCCGUGUCCCACACCUUGUAGUCUCAGCCUGCCUCCUUCCCUUUUGUGCUCUGUGCUGAAAUAAAUCUCAGAACAGAUGUUCUAACACGUAAUAGAUCUCUGUUUCCAUUUGGACCCUGCUCCUAACUGGGUGAUUAAAAAGGAGAAGAAACAUGAUUUUCGUAUUGAGCAUCUCAGGAAGGUCUCUGCCAGAGUUUGUGGGAAGGGUGCUUUUUAGUUGUGAAGGAAGCAGAAACCUCUGUGGAAUAUUUUCCUAUCCCCAGCCACGACUGCAAGAUUUUUCAGUCAAUCUCUCCUUUGAGUAGGUGAGCCACCAACCUUCUGAAUCAACCUUGUGAUCUUCGCUUAACCUGAGUACUGUGGAGCACUGAGCACAGAAGGAGGGGAUGGGAACUGACUGUAGUCCUGGAAAGGGAUGGAAGGAAAGCAUCCCAUUGAGUGCCUGCAGCCAGCUACACGGCUGCCAUGCCUUCCUGUCUAGUUCAUGGGCAGACUUGAGUCCCCAACACCUCUGCCUAGAAAAUACUCGUCCUGCUGUGGUCCAGGCAAAGGCAGGUUCCUUCUGAGCCUGAAAUCACCACCCCCAUCUCUUGUGCUGAAUGUCUUUUCCCCUGACAUUCGUUUCCUCUCCAUAGCUGUCAACCGUCCCUUAUUUGGCGGGAAACUCCCUUAUCCCAGCGCCAUGUCCUGCUGCUGUCCCUUAUUGAUGAUGUCCCUUAAAUUUCCCGGGUUUCAAAGGAAGCAGCUCCUCUCCCUCCCUCCCUGCCGGCCAGGGAGGAGGGAGGCUCCAACUGUGUUGCUUAGCUGCCCGGCCCGCCCCCCUCUGGGCUCCUCUCACCAGCCUCGGCCCCCGGGAGCCCCUCCCUGCCGGGACUGGCAGGAGCCUUGGGCCCUUCUGCUGCCAUCCUCCUCGCGGCCGCCGAACUGAGCGUCUCUGCCUGGGGUAGCAUCUUUGUAGCUUGGACUUCGUUUUGCGCGAGAAGUGGUUGCUGCUUGUAGUUAUUUAAUUGCAGUGUUUCAUCAGCUUGAGCAGCAACCUCUGGAAAUGAAGGGCUAAAAACCAGCGCUGCUCUCCGAAAUUAUCUGGUCCCUUUUAACUUUGUAUUUCAGCUGGUUGACUAAAAUCCCUUAUUUUGGCUGCUGAUCCCUUAUUUUCGAGGCUGCUGGUCCCUUAUUUUCAAAUCUGUAAGUUGACAGCUAUGCUCCUCUCUUACAGGGCAUCUCCUGUGCUGGCGGUCACUAUUGCUGCCCUCUUGGCUCCCGCUGCAGUCGUGACGGGAAAUCCUGCUCUAAGAGUGAAGGUACCUUGGGGCAGGGUGAUGGAAAGGAGAGAGGGGUGGUCACAGCCGGACCAAUGAACUGCGAAACCUGGCAAGAAGAAUUAUCUAACUAUCCCAGUGGCUUCCUCUGAAUGCCAGGCUUUUCGAAAAUCGUCUAGAACUUACUUUUAACAUGGAUUUUCUCUUGCUUUUGGCUUCUAGUUCCAACCUUCCCUGCCAGAGUCAGUGCUGUUCAGUGUCCAGAUGGGGAAUCGGAAUGCCCAAACGAGUCUACUUGUUGUAUGAUGCCCGAUGGAGUCUGGGGGUGUUGCCCGAUGCCUGAGGUAUGGGGGCCCGGCAGAUGGAAUUGUAGAGUUGGAAGGGACCCCCAAAGGUCAUCUGUUCCAACCCCCUGCAAUGCAGGAAUCUCAGCUCAACACACACCAGAAUUGCCUCGUUACGUAAAACAUGUUCAGAACACCACAACACACAUGUAACUGGCUGUAAAGCAACAUACAUUACAUAUAAUAAAACUGUAAUCGUCAUGUCAAAAAAUUGCAAAGCACAGUUCCUGGUGGCAAUAACAUAUCAUAUCACUGUUAACCUUCUAUAUGUUUUUAUUGUCAUAAAGUCCAAGGAUAGUCAAGUCCAAAGAUUAUCAAGUCCAACGAUUACAUGAUUACAAUGUACAGUUCCUGUUGGCAAUGCCAUUUCAUACUGAUAUCUUCCUUCUGCAUCACUAGCCUAUAAAAAUCAGUGCCAAAGAAGCUUAAUUCUGCAGUCUAUAAAUGAUACAAGCAUCUUUCAUUUGCAUAAUUUGUCCUUUUGUGGGUAUAUAUAUAUAUAUAUAUAUAUACUUCACUUGUUAGCACUUUGUAUCAUUUUUAUUUUCUCCUAAUUGCAAGCCACAUUGAAGGCCUAGCACCCCACUCAGCCACCUUUCUUCCUUCUGAGAUUUUAACAUGUUUCUUGUGCGCUUUCAACCAUAUAUGUACAGCCCAAGACUAGAAACUUGGUUUUAAAGUGAAGAGAGAUCUGGAUUCCCCACCCAGUGUUCCGUUCUGUGCUUUCCCUGCAGAUGCUUCUGCAACUCACAAAACACUUAGUGUAAGCAAAAGCUGCAGAGAACAGUGGGGUUUUUUUCUAAAGUUAAGGUAUUAAUUGAUUUGAUGUCUAGUCUUUGGGUGACUAACAAUCUGAAAACAUGUCAUAAAUUAUUAAAUCUUUAGCUUGCCUUUUUCCUGACCGAACUAUAGUGGUCAAGAUCAGAGGCGGAUGGACUUCAGGCUCCCACGAUCUGCUUUGCUAUUGAUUAGAACCCAAAGAUCUGCCAGCCAGAACCAGACACAAAAGGCCAGCACUUAACAAUUAAAUAAUUCUGAGCCCAUGAAUGUGAGUAGCUGAACCGAACUGAGUCCCAGUCCUUCCACACACACAAAAUUCAGUGGUGGCUGGUGCAUGUUUGGGACUGGUAGGGCAGGAGACAAGGAGCCCAACAGCAGGUGGCGCCAGAGCCAACGCCAAGAGAAGCCAACUCAGUCUCCUUCAGUCACCAUCUUGCUCUCUGGCGAGUUCCGCAAGGCAGCAUUGGGACUGAGGAGGAGAAAGCAGAUAAACCAGAGCUGCCCUCUGGAAGAGUGAGGUUGGUGGGGCAGUGCCCCUUCUACCCUAAUGGGGCACCCUCCACAGAAUACAAUCCUCGUCACCUGCCCGAACUUCCUGCACUUCAGCAGUUGUACUGGGAGUGUAGUUUGGUUGCUGCUGUUAUUAAACAACUGAGAAUAGGAAAUCCUUGUUGAUCUUCCAAGUUGCCCCAAGAUCUGCCUUUGGAUCCCUCACUGCCUUGGGUCUGACUUGGUUUUAAGUUCAUGUAUUGAACAGGAGGUUGUGGAGCAACUUCUGGGUCACACCUUCUACCGUUGAUACCAAGAGUGUCUGUGCGGCUUGAAUCACUGAAGAUUCCCAGAGGGGAGAGUGGGUGUUACAGGGUAGCAAGACCCAUUGGCUAGCUGGGGGGGUGGAGAGGAGUCUGUGCAAUGCAGCAAGAGAGCAGGUGCACUAUAGAACGGCUCCAGGUCAUGCAAAAAGAAACUUGAAAAGAACCAGGGGGCAAAUUCGUGAGAGAAUGCAAAAAGCAGAAAUGGGUUCUCCAAAGUCCACAUCUGUGAUAGUUUCAUUAUAGCUGAAUGCAUUAUUAUAGCAGGAUGUGUUUCAGAACCGAAGCUCCUCCUUAAGUAAUUAUGCUGGGAUGCAGCUUGACACCUCUUAAAAAACCUAACUAAAUAUUUUUUUAAAAAAGACUCAAGAGAAAGCCAUUACGAACACAACAUCUCAAAGACACAAGUGCUCUUGAACUUUCUGAAGCCAUUGGCAAAAGAGUCUGUGUAAUAUAGCUGCUAACAAGCUUGAGGUGGUGCUUCUUGAAGGAAAAAUAAUGUGUUUGCUGAUGUACUUGUGAGCAGGUAACUUAGAAAUAGGGCCAGGUAAUUGAGGUGUGCAUGUGUGAAGCAAGCAGCAAAUCAAAUCAGGCAGGGAUGGGAAACCUGUGGCUGUUAUCCGUGGUCAUUGGACUACACCUCCCAUCAUCCAUGCUAGACUAGAAACUUGUUUGGGUAUAAAAGGCAAUAAUAAAAGCACAAUCUUUGGGAUACAUGAUCAGGGUGGCUUACAAUUAAAUAUUGAAAGUACCGUGAACCCAUAAGCUAAGAAAAGCAAAUAUAUAACAGCAACAUGAAAAUUAAAAAAAACAACAACCAGUUGAAAUAAUGGAUUUUGGGCUUACUGUCACAUUCCUCUCCUCUUUCUCCCCCAAGGCAUUGUGCUGUGAAGACAAGAUCCAUUGCUGCCCACACAACACAACUUGCGACCUGCCACACGCGCGGUGCUUUGCAGCCUCCGGGGAGCACCCUCUUCAGAAGAAGUUCCCAGCAAGCAGGCGAGCGGUUCUGUUGGGUACGGAACGGGGCGUGAAGGAUGGGGUGGACCUGGAGUCGCUGCCCAUUCAGUGCAGCAGUUCUUCAUUCCCCCGACAAGGCAGCGCAUCCGACCCCCUUAAAUUCCUGUCUCUGAACUUCCUCUGCAGAUUCACCUCGGAACAGUCUCUGCCCAGGUAAUCAGUCCAGCUGCCCGGAUACAGACACCUGCUGCAUUCUCCCGACAGGCCAAUAUGGCUGCUGCCACCUACCCAAUGUAAGUAUCAAAUUCAGAAAGACAACUGGAUGGGAUUGUGUGGGUUCCGUGGAAGGGGCCAGUGUUGCUAGGCCUGCAGCUCUUGCUAAAUUCAAAUUGUGGCAGCUCUUCUUUUGACCAACAUACAGUGGAACCUUGGUUCUUGAACUCAAUCCGUUCCGGAAGUACGUUCAACUCCUGAAAUCAUUCAAAAACCAAGGUGUUGUGGAGUCAAUUUGUUCAUCAACUAAGCCAUUCGAGAACCAAAGUUCUACCGUACAUUGGAUUUUGGCUGUGGGGGUGAAGCAAGAAAUCACCUCCCUCUUUCACUUGCCCACUUCCCUGAGGCUUGUACUCCACUCUAGCGCUGGGCGAUGCCUGGUUUUUGACAUCACAAUUUAUCACAAGCUGAACUUUGCGAUAUACCACUAUACAGUGGACACUCGGGUUGCGAAUGUGGUCUGUGUGGGAUGCACGUUCACAAACCGCAUCUGCGCUUGCGCAGAUUGCGAUUCGGCACUUCUGCGCAUGCAUGACUGCCAAAACCCGGAAGUAACCCAUUCCAGUACUUCUAGGUUUCAGCGGUCCGCAACCUGAAAAAACACAACCUGAAGUGGCUGUAACCCGAGGUAUGACUGUAUCACAAUGUCUGAAAUAAGGACAGAGCAUUGUAGAGGCAUUGGCUGGCUUCACGGUUUCCCCCACAUUGUGACUUUUGCACAGAGCACACACACACACACCCAGCCACACACACACACACACACACACACACACACACACACACACAUCGUGAUUCGCGAUACAUUUCCAGGUCAAAAAUUAUGAAACCAGUAUCAUGAUAUGGACUUCAAACUGAUUUUGGACAAUAUAUUGCCCAGUCUUACUCCAUUCCCAGCAACACAGAUCCACCAAUGCAGCUUCUUCUGAGGACUUUGACACGCGCCUCCCCCCCCACUUGAUUCAUUUUGGGGGAGCUUUGGGGUGUCUGUUUUCUCUUUUCUAUGAAGCCUCGCUACAAAUUAGCUCUUGUCCGCUGGGCUUGCUGCCUGUACCAGCAAGAUAUGGAAAAGAUGCAGCCCUCAAACCAGAAGAAUGGGUUGCAAUGUUUGGCAUGAACUGGUGCCCUCCAGCCCACCCUACGUCCCAAGCUUAGGCAGAUGCAGGCAGUGCUGUUUUUGAUCCAAUGCCCACAACCUUUCCUUGACUCCUGCCAGGCUGUCUGCUGCAGGGACCACCUUCACUGCUGCCCACAGGGCACCACGUGCGACCUGGAGCACUCGCGAUGCACUAUGACCCCGCAGAGGUCAUGGCCCAUCUUGCACCUCGCUGCGGACCUCCGCCAAACAGGUGAGGCAGGACUCGGUGUGUGUGUGUGGGGGAUGUUCUGCAAAGCAACAAGGGAGGUGUGCCGAGAGGGAGAUGAAAAUCGGUGCCUGGGCACGUUACGUCGAACGAGGAUAGCUAGCGUCGUGGUGUCAGAAGUGGUUGGGAGGUGUAGGUCAGCUGCUUCAGGAAGGCUCUAGGUUGGCUGCCCAGGAUGUAGACUUUGGGAGAGGGGCUGCUGCUUAUUGGAGGAGCAUCUGCCUUGCAAGCAGAAGGUACCACGUUCAUUUUCUGGCAUCUCCUGCAAGACGGGCCUUUACACUCGCCAGAAGCUCAGCCCUUCCCUCGCCGGUCCUGGAAGGAGCCUUUAAAAAAAGUCCCAUACACUGAGACUUUGUGCCUCUUCAUUGGGGGAGAUAGGAAGCCCAGAGCACUUGUUCUUUAGAUGCCCCUUUUAUGAAGAGGCACACAGUUAAGACCAUUGAUCCCCUACUGGUGAGGCUCGCUGACCUCUCGGAAAAGCAAAAAUUCGACCUAUUCCUGUUAGGCAAAGAUCAGAAGACGACCCGGAUGGUCGCCACAUUCUGUGUACAGAUCUGUAGGCACAGACCAUCUCCCAACGCAAACUAGUUCGUUAAGAAAAUCCCCAAACUCGGUUCUAUGGGUGACUCUGGGUCAGCUCGCUGCGGUGGUUUAUUGUUGUACGUUGUUUUUAAAUUUAUUGUUGUACAUUGUUUCAAUUGUUUGUUUUCCUUCUGUGACUGUACCCCCGUGUGUGUUUUAUAAGCUGGUCUCUGACCGUAAUAAAUUAUUUAUCUGUCUGUCUAUCUGGCAUCCCCAGGUUAGGGCUGGGAGAGAUCUGUGCCUGAAACAGUGGCGAGACACUCCCAGUCGGUGUAGACAGUCCUUAGCUAGAUGGGCCAAUGCUCUACCGUGGUAUAAUGCAGCUUCCUCUGCUCCUAAGGGAGUGAGACCAAAACUUGAUACUCCUCACCCCUCAUGCUGCCUUCCCCAUACCAGCUAAGCAACACACCAGGCUUUGGGAAGGAGGUGCAAGGCUCUGGCAGAGUCCUAGAGCCCUCCCACCUCCUUCCUAAAGCUAGGAAAGCACUACUAGGCUUUGGAAAGGAGGCAGGACGCUAUGACUCUGCCGGAACACCAUACCUUCUUCCCAAAGCCCAGCACCUCACUUACCUGGCCUUGGCAAGACAGUGGGGGGGGUGGUUUCAGGGGGUAGUCAGAUGUUGCCAAGGGCCGCCCAAAACAGCCUUGAGGUAGGGCGUUCUUGGUUCCCAUUCCGAUGUGCCUGCCUCCCCUUCCUGUAGUCGGUGUUGUCCAGUGCGACGAUGAGCACACCUGCCCAGAUGGGAACACCUGCUGUCUGCGAAGCCCAGGCGAAUGGGGGUGCUGUCCAUUGGAGGAGGUAAGAGGAGUGAUGGAUGAGGGGACAGGGUGCAGGUGGUCCCAGGCUCAGUAUCUGGCACCUACGGGGUCCCUUCUGAAAUCCCACCAGGCAGUCCUGAACUUGGUGGACCAAGACAUCUUCCUUUCUUCCUUCUGUGGGGCAAGGGUUUUGACUCAUUCAAGUCAGGAAGGGGCCAUAGUGGGGGGACAGGACGAAUCCUAUAGUUUAAGGUUACCAGUUUUUCCCCCAAUGAAUCCGGGGACGCUUUUCAACUUCCUGCUAAAUAGAUGGAUUUUGUCAGGGGACUGAUAUGUAAAUCCAGGGGCUGUCCCCAAGAAACGGGGACGUCUGGUAACCUUACUAUAGUUUUGCCUGUGGAAGGGUACCAGGCCUUGUCCCCGAUACCUGCUGUUAUAACCGUGGUUUCCAAAGGGGGCAUUACUGCCCCCUGGUGUUAGGGGGCACUAAGAGGCAAGGGGGUGGCAGGGGGCGCUGGAGGUGUAAAUGACUAUCAGACUUGGCUGAACCUGAUACCCAGUGACACCAGCUUCUCCAUUUUUGUUGAACUAAUUGAACGAAGUAGUUUUCAUUUUGAACAAAUGUGUAGCAGGUGGUUACUGCUUUCAAUUUUACUGUGUUGCUUACUAUGUUCCUUAGUGAGUAACCGCUGUUCUGAAUAUUUUUAUAUGGCAGGGGUAACUGGGAAUAAUCAUCAUUAUCAUUAUUUUUUAUUAAUUUAUACCCCACCCAUCUGGUUGGGCUUCCCCAGCUACUCUGGGCAGCUUACAGCACAUAAAAAAUUGUGCAACAUUAGACAUUUAAAAUUUCCCUAUACAGGGCUGCCUUCAGAUGUCUUCUAAAAGUCUGGUAGUAGUUGUUCUCUUUGACAUCUGAUGGGAGGGCAUUCCACAGGGCUGGUGCCACUACCGAGAAGGCCCUCUGCCUGGUUCCCUGUAACCUCACUUCUCGCAGUGAGGGAACUACCAGAAGGCCCUCGGAGCUAGAUCUUAGUGUGUGGGCUGAAAAAUGGGGGUGGAGAUGCUCCUUCAGGUAUACUGGGCCGAAGCCAUUCAGGGCUUUAAAGGUCAUUACCAACACUUUUAAAUUGUGCUCAGAAACAUACUGGGAACCACUGAAGAUCCUUUAGGACUAGUUACAGUGGUACCUUGGGUUAAGAACUUAAUUUGUUCUGGAGGUCCGUUCUUAACCUGAAACUGUUCUUAACCUGAAGCAGCACUUUAGCUAAUGGGUCCUUCUGCUCCUGCUGUGCUGCCAGAGCACGAUUUCUGUUCUCAUCCUGAAGCAAAGUUCUUAACCCAAGGUACUAUUUCUGGGUUAGCGGAGUCUGUAACCUGAAGCGUAUGUAAUCCGAGGUACCUCUGUAUAUGGUCCCAGCGACUGCUCCCAGUCACUAGCCUGGCAGCUGCGUUCUGGAUUAGUUGUAGUUUCUGAGUCUCCAGGAGACCCAGGGGAUGGUGGCCUGAAAAUGUUCAGGAACCUCUAUGUUGAAAAGGAUCUCUGCUAGCUGGGCUGGUGGGGUCUUUCUUCCAUGGCUAGGUGGCAGCUCCUUGUGCCCUCUCUGUGUCAACUGCUCCACGAAUGAACCUGAGAACCCUCCAUGUCCUUUUCCAGGCUGUCUGCUGCUCAGACCACAUCCACUGCUGCCCAAAGGGCUACACAUGCAACGUGGCCACGGGGAUCUGCGACAAAGGCGGCAGAAGCAUCCCGUGGUUGGCGAAAGCAGAGCCACGCUCCCUGCCUGUGAGCUCUGCGGGCACGGCAGUGCCGUGCGAUGCCCACACGGAAUGCCCAGAUGGGCACACCUGCUGCCGUCUGUCAUCGGGCGCGUGGGGCUGCUGCCCCUUGCCAGAGGUAAGAGGAGGGUGGGGCAGGUCCCAUCUCUUCCUCCCUGCCCCGAAAAUUGGGGAUUCUGCCUGGGCCGGCUAAAUCAACACUCACUGCCAAAUGCCACAGUGGCCUGUGCGCUCCAAGUGUCUUGGCUGUGGAACGGAAAGGGGGGGAAGUGGGUUCAAGCCUGGCUGUGCUGGGAGUGUGCUCAUGGCCGGAGUUUUGCUGUCUGUAAAAUGGGAACAAGUGGAGCCCAUUUGUGGGGUGAACAGCAGAUUGCAUAAUGCCGUUACCCAGCAAGAAGGUGCAUCUUGACAACUAGAAACCAGUGGCUUUGGCUCAGUGAAAUUCAGUCUCCCCCUCGCCAAUCGCAUGCACACGAAAGCUCAUACCAAUAACAAACUUAGUUGGUCUCUAAGGUGCUACUGGAAGGAAUUUUUUUUAUUUUGUUUUGACUACGGCAGACCAACACGGCUACCUACCUGUAACCUGCCCUAUGGCUUGUGUUGCAGUCAGUGAUAUUUCUAGGCCCCUUCCUUUUCUUGGGCUCCUUUCCCUCUCUGCUUUCCCAAGCCUUUUCAGUGUCGAAGCCCAAAGCGCCUGGAGAAAGAGGAAUUAUGUGGGCAAGUAAAAUAUGGGCUGGCAAGUUUUCAGCCCGGCUCUCUCCCCUGCGUUUCCCAUUUAAAUUGGUUCUCCCACUUUUUGCAGGAUGGCAGCAGCUCCCUAACCUGAUGCAAUCCCAUCUAAUUUGGUUCUGGCUUUGCAUUUGGCAGCUGGGGGUGCCCAGUGAUUUGCCAGAUUAGUAAUAAUUUCAUUACUUUAUCCCGAUGGAACGGGCAGGGACUCUUCUGCCCUUACAUGCCAUCUAGCACUUCCCCUGCACAACUGCUCUGUCCCUGGGGCUUCCAACACAUUUGGAAGAAAAAUGUGAGGUUUCAUUAGCAAUGAAGGAGAAACUCAUCUGGUCAGGGCCCCCCCUCCAGCAUAUACAGUGGUACCUCGGGUUAAGUACUUCGUUCCGGAGAUCCGUUCUUAACCUGAAACUGUUCUUAACCUGAAGCACCACUUUAGCUAAUGGGGCCUCCCGCUGCCGCUGCGCCGCCGGAGCAAGAUUUCUGUUCUCAUCCUGAAGCAAAGUUCUGAACCCGAGGUACUAUUUCUGGGUUAGCGGAGUCUGUAACCUGAAGCGUAUGUAACCUGAAGCAUAUUAACUCGAGGUACUACUGUAAUGUAGUUCCCGCCCCCCAUGCAUUCUUUUGAAAAACCUACAAAAUCAGUCUGUAAUUUGAAGCUGACUAGGAACAGGAGUAGGCUAUUCCAUUGAUUCCCGUAGCAUCGUUGACUUGGGUCUCCAAUCAAAAUCCCAUUGAAGACUUGGUGAGACCAGAGACCCUGUUUACAGUCAGGGAUUGUAAAUCCUGUCCCCGAUUCCUUCCAGGCUCACGAGUUCCUUCCCACCCCACCCACCCCCUCUGCUUCCCCCUCCCCAGGCCAUCUGCUGCAACGACAGCGCCCACUGCUGCCCUGCCAACUACCAGUGCAACUUGUCGGAAGGCACUUGCAUGAAGAACGGAAGCAGCAUCCCUUGGCUGGAGAAGAAGCCGGCCGUCGUUGGCUUCGCCUCUUUGAGCAGGAACGUGAAAUGCAACGACGAGUUCAGCUGCUCAGAUGGGCAGACGUGCUGCACGGCCGGAGCAGUGGGCUGGGCGUGCUGCCCUUUCCCACAGGUACGUCGAGCGGGCGGGUUUAUCCCCAAAAUGUGUGUGUGUGUGUGUCAUGGCGGCAGCGGGUUCCUUACGGGUAAAGAGUGGUUGAUUUGGGGAGCUGCCUAUAGGCCCCUGAGGAAGGGCGAGUCCUCAUCCUUCCUUCCCUUUCCUCUGCAGGCCGUCUGCUGCUCUGACCAAAAGCAUUGCUGCCCUGGGGGCUACACCUGUGAUGUGGAACACGGCUCCUGCGUCCAAAGCGGACAGCCUUCCCGGCAGGUCUCGAUGGCUCUCAUUCAGCCGAGGGAGGUGAAUGACAUCAGGUGUGACGACGAGGCGAGCUGCCCAGACGGGCACACCUGCUGCCGGAUGCCCUCGGGCGAGUGGGGGUGCUGCCCUUUCCCAGAGGUAAGCUGGGGUGGCGGAACAACUUGCUAUCAAGUGUGAAGCUAAAGUGAUGGUGCUGUUCUGUGCAGUUCAAGAAAAACCUAACUUGAACUCUCUUUUUAAACAAAGGGGAAUCCUUCCCCUGCUGUAAUAUGCCUUUGUGGCAGGCAAUGGUUCUCAAAAGAGGAACCUCUUUGGUGGCUCACCUUAUCCCCAUUGGCCAAUCCCUGUGUUUUCUUAAGAUGCUUCCAGCUGGGAAAACAAUUCCUGGGGUUCAGCCCCUGUAGUCAUCGUCUCCUAAAGAGCUGGUGCAGCAUAAGGGACUGAGCUCUGACCCCAGGAAGUCCCAGAUUCAAAUCCUGCUCCUCUUUCUCGGCCUCUUGUGAAUUCACAACAAUGCCCGAGGCCAGUGGUUCUCAGAAUUUUUUUGCCGUUUUGUCUCUGAUCUUUGAUGUUAAAUCUUGCCAGCUCCUAUUCUUGUAUCUCUCUCCUGCCUCCCCUGCAGGCUGUCUGUUGCCCAGACCGUGUCCACUGCUGCCCCAAAGACUACACUUGCGAUCCAGGUGCGAAAACCUGCCAGUCGCCGCAGCACUCUCUACCUUGGGUCCCCAAGCAUCCUGCCGGUGUGACUCAGAACCGUGGCAUCCGGUGCAACGACACAACCAGCUGCGAGGAAGGGCAGACCUGCUGCAGGGAUGUCUCGGGCGGGUGGAGCUGCUGCCAGCUACCCAACGUGAGUGCAGCCGGGGCUUUGCACAAACUUAAUGUGGGUUAAACCACAGAGCCUAGGACUUGCCGAUCAGAAGGUCGGCGGUUCAAAUCCCCGCGACGGGGUGAGCUCCCGUUGCUCGGUCCCUGCUCCUGCCAACCUAGCAGUUCGAAAGCACGUCAAAGUGCAAGUAGAUAAGUAGGUACCGCUCCGGCGGGAAGGUAAACGGUGUUUCUGUGCGCAGCUCUGGUUCGCCAGAAGCAGCUUAAUCAUGCUGGCCACAUGACCCGGAAGCUGUACGCCGGCUCCCUCGGCCAAUAAAGCGAGAUGAGCACCGCAACCCCAGAGUUGGUCACGACUGGACCUAAUGGUCAGGGGUCCCUUUACCUUUACCUUCUGCCCAGGUGCCAGCACAGAACACAGAAGCGAAAGCAUGCCAGGGCACUGGGCGACUGACUGACAUGUGGGAGGCAGCCUUGCACUGUGUGAUGCUGGAAUAGACUCUGAUCUAUUAGGAAAUGGGGCAAGCGGCUUGGACAGAGGCAGUGAGCAGGGCAAAGCACAGAAAAAGAUAGAGCAGGUGUGGGAGGCAGCCUGGAGGGUGCAGGGUGCUGGUCAGAGAAGAAGCAGCUUGGUUUCUUCAGGGUGUUGGGUGCUAUUCCGGCACCCUUUGUGAACUCUGAGGCAUGCGUUAACUAACCUAAAUGCUGUUCUGGGAAAAGAUAGUUCUGGCAGUAAAUACAUAAGUGUUUCACUAGCCAAGGGAGAUGGCCCCAGCCCCCUUGACUCCUGCUCGCCACCCCAGUAACCUGAGAACACGCCCAAGGUUUUCCAAGCCAGUAAGAGCCAGUGUGGUGUAGUGGUUAAGAGCGGUAGUCUCGUAAUCUGGGGAACCGGGUUCGCGUCCCCACUCCUCCACAUGCAGCUGCUGGGUGACCUUGGGCUAGUCACACUUCUCUGAAGUCUCUCAGUCCCACUCACCUCACAGUGUUUGUUGUGGGGGAGGAAGAGAAAGGAGAAUGUUAGCCGCUUUGAGACUCCUUCGGAUAGUGAUAAAGCGGGAUAUCAGAUCCAAACUCUUCCUCUUCUUCUUCAACAACGCUGUCUCCACAGCUUUUAAGGUCUAAAAACCUGAGUUUGUGUAAAAUGAAAGCGGAGAUUUCUCAGGGUGCAAGUAAUUCUUAAAAAGAGGCACAAAUUUCAGCUUGUCAGCCAUUCCCUUUUUCCCACCCCCUUGCUUUUGUUUAUUGCGCUGCAUUUGGCCAUGUCUUCUCCACUGGGGAGAUGUUGGUUAAUAACAGAAACUUGUAUCCUUUUUAGCUGUUAAAAGCAAACCCCCUUUCACAUGUGGGCAACGCUUUGGCUAGGUCAUCGAGUGUUGCGGCAUCAGGACAGACCCUGAGGACCAAAGCUUUUCUCUCUCUGCUUCUGCAGGCUGUUUGCUGCGAGGAUCACAAGCACUGCUGCCCUUCGGGCUACACCUGCAACGUGGCAGCUCGGACAUGCGAGAAGCAGUUCUGGCCCAGUCUCCUGCCUGCAGGCGGUCUGCUGAGUUCCUCGCGCACCCCCACGUCCGGCCGGGAUGUGUCGUGCGGUGAUCAGCACUACUGUCACGACCACCAGACCUGCUGCAAGUCCAGCUCAGGCGGAUGGGCCUGUUGCCCUUACGACAAGGUCAGUGGCUGUGCUGGGGGGGGUUGGUUGGUUGCAGGUUCGAACUGGUUAGCGGGGAGGACUUGUGUGUUUGGCGGGGUGCCAACUGGAUAAGAUUUUGAGCAGAGGUCAUGGGAGGGUGGCUAUCUUAGUUUGAAAGAUCCUGAGAUGCAGGAUCGAUGGCUUAAAGGGAGUGAAACGCGGAGGUAGAAAGCAGGUGGGGAUUGUGGCCAUUGCUGGACUACAACUCUCAAGUGUCCUUGACUGAUGGCCAGGCAGGUUGGGAAUCCCUGGGAUUUCUUGUAUCUCAUCAUCAGCCAUGUGAGUUUUCUGGGAAAUUCUGAACAAAAGAAAAAUUCCUGUGCAAAUUUAUUUUUAUUUUGCUUGUGUUUACUAAACAAAGCUACAAAAAACCCAAACCGGCCACCUUUGAAACAGCCAAUAUCACAUUUCCAAUUGGCAUCCAAUCACUGUUACCAGUGAAGUUAGAUAAAUCACUGGAAAAAUUUCCACUCUGCAGCACUGGUAAUGACGUUCAUGCUUUCUUAUGGAUGAUGCGAUUUGAGUCUUGCCUUGCUUGUUGUUGUUGUGUGGCAUUUCUCCCUCCCAUCCUCAUGAAGCUCCUCCUGUUCCGAGGGGAAGGGGGUAUUACUUUGUCAACUAUAAUAAUCUCAACAAAAGUAUAAAUAUUAAAUAAAAUAAAAAAGGGAAGAGAAUAGGUCGUACCUUGGAAGUCGAAGGGGAUCAAUUCCAGAAGUCCGUUCGACUUCCAAAAUAUUAGGAAAUCAAAGCACGGCUUCUGAUUGGCUGCUGGAAGCGCCUACAGCCAAUUGGAGGCCCCGUUGGUUGUUAAGCUUCCAAAUGCAAACCAGUACAGUCACUUCCAGGUUUGCAACAUUCAGGAGACAAAACGAGAAUUAAGCUGUUCGAAAACCAAGGUACGACUGUACAUUAAAAAACCCUUUAGAGAAGUACCGUAUUUUUUGCUCUAUAGGGCGCACUUUUUCCCCUCCAAAAAUUAAGGGGAAAUGUGUGUGCGUCCUAUGGUGUGAAUGCAGGCUCCUUGGCUUCAGCGAUAGCCGUCUGAAGCCUUCGGAGCGCAGCGCGAGUUCCCGCUGCGUUCAGGAGGCUUCAGGUUCCUUUCACUGAAGCCAGGAGAGUCUGGUCUUUGAGGCUGGCGGUGGGGGAAAGCAGUGCUUCCCCCACCACCAGCCCCACAAGCUGGGGGGGGGCAGCGCGCCACCUUUGCACUGUUCCCCCACCUGGUCUUUGAGGCUUUUCCCCGAGGAGGGAGAAGGGACUGACUCCUGGUCAAAAAGUCCGCAGGAGCCAUGCGCGGGUCCUGUGGGCUUUUGCGGGAGGUGGGGGAAUUCCCCCACCUCCCGCAAAAGCAGGGAGAAGGUCUGGGAGAAGUGCACAGGCUGUGUGCAGCCUGUCCGCUGCUCCCAGAGCUGGGAGGGAGGGGAGAAUAAUAUUUUCCCCCUUGAUUUCCCCCUCUGAAAACUAGGUGCGCCCUAUGGAGCGAAAAAUACGGUAGUUCAAAACAGCAAUAAAAUAUAUACUAUAGUUUUUUGUAGUCUUAAGUAUAUGUUAAUCCAUGUGUUACUAUGGUUUUGACACAUACAUUCCAAAUAUCAUUAAAUUUUCAAUGCGUAAUCUUUGUCUGAGGCUAUCUGUACAUGGGCUGCAAAAGUUAGUACUUGACUUUACUGCUAUCCUGUCACGGGGGGUCCAAGUGGAGGCUGGCCCAUGAGGGUAAAUGGGACUGCCCCACCAACCCCUGUCUUGAGUCCUUUAUCCCUCCUCCUUUCUUACUUGCAGUUAAUCCAGGGGUGGCUCUGUACCUGCUUCCUCCAUGGACUAUUCCUCUUGUUGGUACUGGGUUGUUGCUCCUCUUUCCACCAAUCUUGAUGGGUUUUUCAAACUCACCAGCCUCCUCGAGGGUCCAAGUAAGGCCUCUUGAGACAGAGCAGAAACAUGAAUAAACAUCCUAGUACCGUCUUUUCAGUGUCUUGCAAUCUUUUAAACAGGAAGUUGUCUAGCUUUUCUAAGUCUUGAGUACUCCUUUCCAACAGGAAAUAUCACCCCAUCAUUUUUGCCUCUCUCUUUGUCUCCCCCUGCAGGGCUCCUGCUGCUCUGACAAACGCCACUGCUGUCCGUCUGGCUUCCGUUGUUCCUGGAGGGGCACUGAAUGCAUUAAACAGAAGCCACUCCGCUGGGACACGGGUGCCUUCACCCAUCGCUCCACCCAAGCACAUACGUUGCUCUGAAGUGCCUUUUCGUGUCUGGCCUCUCCCAAUACUUGGGCGCUGGAGCGAGCUCUGCUUUUUUUCAGGGAGGGACAUUUGUAAGCGUGUGCAGGAGAGAUGGCGACUUCUGCCAGUUUGCUGUUCUGAUCAUGAAGGGGAUUCCUGCUGCCUUACGCUUGCCCCCUACGUGGGUGAAACUCUCUUCUUUAGAGGCAUUGCCAGAGAGAGUAAAUCCCCUCUCUCCCCCAUCCUCCAAUGCCCACCAGGGACCCCUGGCUUCACUGCCAUUCCCCAGUCGUAGCUGCAGCCUGGAAGGGUUGCCAUCUUUGGCUUCUUGUCCUGGGCCAAGAUUUAUGCAAGCUUGGGGGUCUUGCUCUGUCCCUGCAGUCCUCUUUACCAAAAUUGUUUUUGAUUACUUUUGUGCUGUUUCUUUAAAAAAAAGAAGAAUAAAUCUUGACACUGGAUUGGCAGUUGUUUGCUGCUGUGCUUACCAACCAUGGGUGUCUACUGUCUCAUUUUGGGUUUCUUUGCAGCCAUUUUGUGUGUUGCCCCUUCUCUCCUUCUGUAUCCUGUAUAGAAAUGAAAUAAAUAAUAAUAAACACAGCCAGGAUUUGACCCUGAGAUCUAGCUUUGGUGCAAAGUGCUGUCGAUAACGGGAGGCCUGCGUCGUCAGCCGAAACAAUGGCUUUAAAAGCCGGGAAUCGGCCCCAGUGGAUGUCUCUUCUGCUAAAUAACGGCAGCGACUAUUCAAGUUAGGACUAGUUGCUAGGUCAGGUUCUCAAAAGUGGUUAAAAACCACUGCACUGCGUUCUGUAUAGCUGGGAUGAGUGGCCUUUUACUGGCCGACGGAGUUGGAAGAGUUUUGUGAUGCACAAAAUCCCACACAUUAUUCCUUCACUGCAGGGGGCUGGACUAGAAGACUCAGGGUCCCUUCUAACUCUAUGAUUGUAAAAGCAUCCCUUCCUCUUUGCAGCGAUUGUAUAUUUUACUCUAGGAGACUUAGUUUGGUCAGAAUCUAGUCUACCCUGUCAGAGUUAACACUAAAGACAUUACUUCUGGUGUUGAGCCACGGUGGCCACUAAAGGGCCAUAAUUUUUUGUCUCUGGCUUUUUAGAUUUGUUUACCCAUGUACUGGAAGGGACGUGGGUAGCGCUGUGGGUUAAACCACAGAGCCUAGGGCUUGCCGAUCAGAAGGUCGGCGGUUUGAAUCCCCUCGACGGGGUGAGCUCCCGUUGCUCGGUCCCUGCUCCUGCCAACCUAGCAGUUCAAAAGCACGUCAAAGUGCAAGCAGAUAAAUAGGUACCGCUCCGGUGGGAAGGUAAACGGCGUUUCCGUGCGCUGCUCUGGUUUGCCAGAAGCGGCGUAGUCAUGCUGACCACAUGACCCAGAAGCUGUAUGCCGGCUACCUCGGCCAAUAAAGCGAGAUGAGCGCCGCAACCCCAGAGUCGGCCAUGACUGGACCUAAUAGUACAUGGGUAAAGGUAAAGGUAAAGGGACCCCUGACUAUCUGAAACCAAAGAGGCGCAUUGGCUGCAUAUAUUGGCAUUAUUUUCAGCUCUCCCACCCCCAGUAUUUGUUAAUUUUAAGUAAGCGCACUGAGCAAGAAGAGUUCUGUGGAAGAUGUGUGUUCAUCAACCCUGUUUCCCAACAUCUGUCUAUAAGAAACCUCCUUUCUCCAGUGAUUACUGAAAAACCCAAAAACCAAUCCUUGCAAUGUUCCAGUUUGAGCUUACAAAUGUUGAUUUUCAGCUGACAGAAACUCUGACCAACUUUGAUAUUGUUCAAUCUUGGAAAAUCCACCAACAUUUGCAGAACAACCAAAGAAAAACUUGGGAAACGGUCUUGCAAAUAAAGACAAUGUAUAACAGAAAAACACUAUUUAUCGAAGGAUGGCCCAUGGUUCUACAUUUCUGGAAUGACAAAGAGCAGACACCUCACAAUAUAUAUGUUCUCUACUUUCCCUUCUGUUUUCCUAAUCCUUUUGUAUCCAUAUUUUGUCCUCGUUUUAUUACUGUGCGUUAAUAUUAAAAUUCAAUUAAUUU